AUGGAGAUUCACUUUCUUGGUACUGGAUCUUGUUAUCCAGCUCCGUAUCGGGGAGCAUCGUGCGUAAUUCUGAGACAUGAGACAGGCUGUUGGAUGUUUGACUGUGGAGAAGGAAGCCAAACUCAGCUCAUGAAAAGUGCAAUUAAACCAGGGAAAAUCAACAAGAUAUUUAUUACACAUCUCCAUGGAGAUCAUUUGUUUGGCCUACCUGGUUUGCUAUGCACAAUGGGGAUUAACUCUACUGAAAACCGAGAGCCCAUUGAAAUUUACGGACCAGUUGGUCUUAGGAAAUAUUUAAGGGUGUCUUUGGAACUGUCCCAAUCACUGCUUGGUUUCAGAUACUCAGUAAACGAACUUCAAUGUUUAACUCCAGGUAAGAGAAAGUAAGAGCUGUAAGAGCUAGUCAAGUAAAAAGAAAUCAUGCCUGAAACACGGCAUUUCCUGUUCUCAAAGGAAACCAAUGAUUGGCUAUUUAAUAACGACUGUAGCCAUAGGAGUUAAACCAGGGGCUGCCAUGAACAAAUCCAGCUGCAGUUGAGGCAGGGAUUAAACUUGGGUCUCCGGAUUGUAAUUUAAGAACUCUAACUUCUUGACCACACUGACCUCUCCUCCUCCUUUUAUAAUAUGUAAUUAUAAUAAAAAUUAGGAGCUUAACUUUGGAGUACUUUUAGUGAACAAGACCUCUAAAAUUUUUAUGUAACAUUUUGUUGCAGAGUUAACAAUGAAAAGUGCCUCAGAUUGGACAAAUUCUUCCCUUGCAUCAGACAACCUGCACCCGAGCGAAACUACAGGGAGAACUAUCUGUGAAAAUGAAGAUGGUUUAUGGUCGGUUUGUCAAGAAGAAAAUUUAACUGUGUUUGCAGCACCUCUUAAGCAUCGUAUUGAAUGUUUUGGUUAUGUAAUUCAAGAAAAGUAG